AUGCUAUGCUAUUCAUUUAGUCCUGUAAAGUCACCGGCAACAGAGUUUCGAUUCAAGUUUACUGAACCAACAGUGCGGGACAACGCGGUACAAAUAAAAGAGCGGCUACUGGCGUGGUGCCGUUCCAAAACCAAAGAAUAUGAGAAUGUACAAUUAGAUAAUUUCUCGACGAGCUGGAACAAUGGAUUGGCAUUUUGCGCUCUGCUUCAUCACUUCAGACCAGAUGCUUUCGACUUUUACUCGCUACAGCCGGAGAAUCGCAGAAUGAAUUUUGAGUUGGCGUUUAAAAAAGCCGAUGAACUCGCCGGAAUCGCACCACUACUUGAUGUUGAGGAUAUGGUGAUGAUGCGUCGACCAGAUUGGAAGUGUGUCUUUACUUAUGUACAAUCCAUUUAUCGCCGCUUUAAAGACGAAGAUUAA